AUGAAGGCCACGCUCGCCCUCGUUGUUCUGUGCCUGGCCAUCGCCGGUGCAUUGGCAGGCUACGGCUACGGAGGAUAUGGAGGCUAUGGAGGAUACGGCGGCUAUGGAGGUUACGGGGGAUACGGCGGCUAUGGCGGCUACGGUGGAUACGGAGGCUACGGAGGCUACGGAGGCUACGGAGGCUACGGUGGAUACGGCGGAUAUGGUGGAUAUGGAGGCUACGGCCACGGCUACUACGGCUGA